AGUGUGAGGGACUCUUGGCGCGGCGGUUGUUUGCCCCUUUUGCGGAGCGCUUCUGUGCGGCACCGACGAGCCCAGCUGCUCCCUCCUCCCGGGACCAUGGCGCUGCUCUGUAGUUGACGAUUGUUUUUCCCCCUCACCUUCUUCUGCUUCUUUUCCUCCCUCCUCCUCUCUCUCCUCCACCGGGUCCCGGCUCGGACGAGCGGCAGCUCCCGGACCCCCUGUCCUCUCCCUCUGCCCCCAUAGGAACAGGCUGUAAGGGAAGCGCGGGCGGCUUGCUGCCGCACCAUGAGCAUCAUCGUCGGCAUCGGCGGGGUCACCAAUGGCGGCAAGACCACGCUGACUCACAAGCUCAUGCAGGCCCUGCCCAACUGCAGCGUGGUGCAUCAGGAUGACUUCUUCAAGCCCCAGGAUGACAUAGAAGUUGAAGAUGGAUUUAAACAGUAUGAUGUUAUUAGUGCCUUGGAUAUGGAAGCUAUGAUGAGUACCAUCAAUGCUUGGAUGAAAAACCCAAUUAAGUUUGAACGCUCACAUGGCAUCAAUAACACCUUGGAUGCCAAAAUAUUACAGUAUUCAGGAGAGAGAGAUGAAACAAUCCAUAUUCUUAUUGUAGAAGGCUUUCUUCUUUACACUUACAGACCAUUGAUUGAGAUAUUCAACCAUCGGUACUUCCUUUCCAUUCCAUAUGAAGAAUGCAAGAAAAGGAGGAGUUCAAGGAACUACACUGUACCAGAUCCUCCUGGAUUAUUUGAUGGCCAUGUCUGGCCCAUGUAUGUUAAACAUAAGAAAAUAAUGGAGGAUUUCGAAGUGGAUGUGGUUCAAUUGGAUGGAACAAAAUCAAAGGAGGAGCUGUUUAAUGAAGUUUAUGAACAGAUCCAGAACAAGAUUGAGAAACUGCUGCUUAUGCAGAGAUAGACAAGCAGCCGAUGGAUUCCUACGAUCUAAAAAGAAGCCUGUUAAAACUAACUUUUUUAUGCGUACCAGACUUUAGCAGUUAAGCUUCUGCUUGUUAAGAUUUCCUUUUUCACUUUUUAAAAUUGGACUUCGUUCAGCUUUCACCUGAAACUCAUGGAGUUAAAUGUGGCCUUGAUUAAAGCAUUUCCCCUCCA